AUGACAACAAAUGUGAAUCAUGGGACAAUUUUGUCUGACAGCUCAGCACAUUGAUGUUUUGUUAAACCACACAGGUAAAGUCCUGCUCAAACAAAGAUGCCUCGGGUGUGGCAAAAGGGUGUUUCCCGCCACAGUUUGUACGAGACUAUAUGUACAGAUGACAAAUGGUGUAAGGCACAACUCCUGACUGCAGCUGGAGCAUCAAUCAUCACAGAGAUGAAGGGGUUUUUGUGCCUGAUUGCUGCAGGUCUUUACCUGUGUUUACAAAACCGUGUGAAUGCUGAACCACGUUUGAGCAGAAGUAUCAUUGAGAAUGCUGUGAUUGAAGCCAAGGCCAUAGUCGAUGCAGCUUAUCUCUACUCCAGAAGAGAGAGCGUUGACCGUGUGAGAAGGAAUGCAGCGAGUCCUUCAGAUGUCCUGCGUUUGUUGAAGCAGCCUGUCGGGCUGACCCGUACUGCUGUGCGUGCUGCUGACUAUAUGGAUAAUGCCGUUAAACUGGUCAAGAGAUCUUUGGAGAAACGUCAAAAACGCUCCAUCAAUGCCACAGAUCUGAUCACUGCGGAGGAUCUGCACUACUUGGCUGAACUGACAGGUUGCUCUCCCCGAAUUCGUAUUCCUUCCUGCAGGACCAAUUUGGAUAAGUUUCGCACUGCAAGCGGCGUCUGCAACAACGAAGAAAAACCCCGCUUGGGAGCCUCCAACAUACCUUUUACGCGCUGGCUUCCUGCUGCGUACCAGGAUGAUAUCUCUCUGCCCAGAGGCUGGGACCCUAAUCGCAGAAUCAACAACAGGAGGCUUCCCUUGGUAAGAGAAGUGUCCAACAUAAUUGUGCGAACAGCAAACUCUGAUGUGGAGAGCGACACACUCUACACUCACCUAUUGACGAUAUUCGCCCAGUGGGUUGACCACGACAUGUCCUUCACUCCUACCUCUCCUGUAAUCCGUUCAUACAGUAACGGUAUUGACUGUGAGAAGAGUUGUGAACGUACAGAGCCCUGCUUCCCCAUUACGAUUCCCAGCGUAGACCCACGUUUUGGCACAAACUCAGCUGAUUGCAUCCCCUUCUUCCGCUCUGCUCCAGCUUGUGGUUCUGGCAACACAGGCUACAACUUUGGUGCGAGCACAGUCCGUCAGCAGAUGAACUCUCUCACAGCUUUCCUUGAUGGAGGUCAGGUGUACGGUAGUGACGAUAUCAAAGCUCGUAAACUACGCAACCUCACCACAGGUCAGGGCCUGCUGAAGGUCAAUGCACAGUACAAAGACAAUGGCCGUGCGCUCCUGCCCUUCUCCGACAUGACUGCCAACAUGUGUGCCACCCGAGCCCGCAUUACUAAUACUGUUAAUGCACAGGAGGUGCCCUGCUUUGAGGCUGGUGACGAACGCUCAAAUGAGAACAUUGGUCUGACGACUUUACACGUAGUGUUUGUACGUGAGCACAACCGUCUGGCACGUGCUCUGGCCGUAAUCAACCCUCACUGGAACGGAGAGAGACUCUACCAGGAAGCACGCAAGAUCGUAGGAGCAUACCUCCAGAUUCUCAUUUACAGAGACUACUUACCUCUCAUUGUUGGUGCAGACUCCAGGGUGUCCUUCAACAUCUACCCUGGUUAUGAUAAAAACGUUGACCCCAGGAUCUCCAAUGUGUUCGCCACUGCUGCCUACCGAUACGCUCACUUGAUGAUUCAGCCUAGAAUGUUUCGUCUUAAUGAGCAGUACCAGGAGCACCCUACUUACCCCAGCCCAUUGCUGCACACAACCUUCUUUGCACCGUGGAGGGUCGUCUUUGAAGGUGGUGUGGACCCACUUCUGAGAGGCCUGCUGGGUCGUCAGGCCAAGCUGAACACGCAGGAAAACAUGAUGCACGAUGAGCUGAGGGACAGGCUGUUUGAAUUCACCGAAAGGUUGGCACUGGAUCUGGCCGCCCUCAACAUGCAAAGGGGCAGAGACCAUGGACUCCCUGGCUACAACGAAUGGCGGAAGUUCUGCGGGCUGUCAGAGCCAAGAAAUAUGAGACAGCUGCGUCGAGUGCUGAAUAACAGACCCCUGGCCAGGAAAUUUCUGGAUCUCUACAGAACACCUAACAACAUCGAUGUGUGGCUGGGAGGAUUGGCUGAGCCGUUUGUCCCUGGAGGAAGAGUGGGACCCCUGUUCGCCUGCUUGAUUGCCACUCAGUUCCAGAAGGUCCGCCAGGGAGACCGAUUUUGGUGGGAGAACCAUGGGGUCUUCACUACAGCCCAGAAAACCUCCCUGAGGGCAGUGUCACUUUCCCGCAUCAUCUGUGACAACACUGGUAUCACUGAAGUACCAGCCCAGCCCUUCAGAUAUAAGGCCAGAGGUUCCGGUUACACUCAGUGUACGACCCUCCCUACCUUUGACCUCAGUCCAUGGAGGGACGCUCACUAAAGACAGCUACAUCUCAGGGCAUCUGAUUUUGCUGUGUAAGAUGAGACCUUUCUUCACACUGCAGCUGACUCUUUAAUACAUCACUGACCCAAAACUACGAUGUUUAAAACCUGUGUCAUUGUUUGAUUUUGUUGUGUGUAAUUAAAUCAUUUCCUAUCUACAUUUUUAAUUUAAAUGAAAGGAAAUUUGAUAUUUUCUUAGUUCAUUUUAAUUACAUUUUUUUCUCUCUUUAAAAUGUUGAUUUUUUAUUUUAUGCCUGACGAAUGAAUGUAAACUUUGAGAAGAGUUAAGAGUUGAUGGUUUACAUCACCAUAAGUGUAACAUAAUAAACACAUGUUAUUCGAAUAACUAUGA